CCAGGUGUAUUGAUCUCUCGUUGCGGAACUAACAGUGUGUUUUGCUUUUUAGUAUAUUAUUUUAGUUCAUGCACGCACGAAAUUUCACGCGGGAUAAAAUAUCAUAAGUAGAUGUAAAAACUUCGGUGUGUAGCUCAACAUUUGAAGAUACAGUUUUCAAGUUUCUUGGGCGCUGUUUUGCUGCAGGACUGAUAAAACUACGAAAAACUCUAAAGAAAGACUAAAAGAAAGAACCAAGAAGCUGAAAGAAAAAUGCCGAACAACAGUGGAAACUAUUUUCAAGAGACUCAGGACGAAACGGCUCUUCCUCAAGUUUCAGUAGGCGUUCAAAUCUUUCAAGUUGGUCUCUUGUUCUCGUUUAUAACUCUAGGCCUCAUUGGAAACAUGGUUGUGUGCUUCGUAGUACAAAAGACGCAACAGUUAAAAACCAUUCCAAAUUUUUUGAUCAUCAACUUAUCAGUUUCUGAUCUUUUGCGAAUUAGUUUAACACUUUCAGUUUCUUCGGGUGUUUUGAUCAAAAGAGCAUGGAUCGCCGACAGUUUAUUUUGUCGAAUAAACGGAUUUUAUACCUUGGUGUUCCUAUCGAGCUCACUACUAUGUGUCACGCUCAUAAGCAUCAACAGAUACUUCUUAGUGGUGAAGCCUAACUUUAGCAAGAAAGUGUUCAGUAAGAAGAACACGAUAUUGAUGGUUGGUUGUCUGUGGAGUUUAGCUAUCCUCACUGCUCUUCCUCCUAUCCUAGGGCUUGGAAGAUACGGGUUUAAUCCCAGUAGGGCAACCUGUUUUAUAGCCUUAGGAAGCAGUGAUUCCUACACUAGCAUCUUGGUAAUAUUCCUCAUUGCUACACCGUUUUCUAUAACGAUAUGGUGUUAUAUUAAGGUCUAUCUAGCGGUUCACCACAGUCAAGCGAGAGUUAGCGGCAACAAAAGGCAACAGAUCAGUGCAACAACGCAAUCGGUCGUCAAAAGGGGGCCUGGACCAACAGAGAUUAAAGUAGCAUCUACUAUGCUGACCCUGGUCGGUGUCUACAUAGUCACUUGGAUUCCAGUAUCUGUGCUACACUUUCUACGCGUGGCAGGAAUCCGAAACAUACCAAGUUACGUUGACCUUGGAGCUGCGUUACUCAUAAGUCUGAGUUGCGUGACAAACCCUUGGAUUUAUGGCUUUAAGAAUACACACUUUCGUGACAAGUUAAGAAUCAUAUUGAGAAUGAAAACUGUUGUUCGUCCUGUCGAGAGAGAAACGGCAAGCGAACAUGUGCACUAGCUGAAUCAGUAAUCAACACUGCCAGCUCUCCCUGGAGUCCAUAAGCUUUGGACCUCAUCUUCCGGAUUUCCAGUGCAAAUCCCGCUUGAAUUACCCCAUUAUCUAUUUGUUUAUUUACAAGUAAUAUUUUGACUGGGCAGUCCGAUCCAGCUUGGGCUGGUUUAAAUGGAGGUAUAUUCUCUUGGCUGGUUUUCUUUGUUAAAUUCCCUCGGUGAUUUGAACUUCCCGCGCAAGAUUCGAAUCAGUGAGUUGUAGUAAUUGAAUUUGCAUUUAACGAUAUGUCUGAUGCUCCAGAAUUGAAUAAUUCAUGGCCUGGCAUCCUUGGUAAUCCUAGAGAAACUUUGGGGCAGACAUACCAGCCUUUUCAGUAAGAUUUGUAUUUGAGUCAAGUACUGUCAGGUGGUUUGAAUCAGCUCAAGAGCGGUUUUGGAUCUCAUUGUUUGCUCUUAAUUGUGGUCAGCAGCAAGAAAGAAUUAUAUUGAAAAUUUGUGAUAUUCCUGCAUGAUAAGACAAGAACCAAUAGCCAAUGUGCGCGAGCACGAAUCUCUUUCACAAAGCAUGAUGGAAAACCGAGUACUUACGGUUUAUCAUCUCUGACAAUUUUUCCUUCGACAAUUUCUAUGAAACAGUAAAAAUAGAGCGUUACACGUGACGUCACAGCCGCCAUUAUGGGGUACCAAAACAAUACAUUUCUUCUCCUCCGGGAAUUGAACUCUAAUUUUAUGCAAAUACUGUGCAGAAAGUUUCUAUUGUUUAUGGGUGCCUUCUCACGUGAGUGAAAACGCUCUAUUUCCACAGACGAAAAUAACAGAGUAAUUUUUUCUGAUAAUUCUAUUGGUUUCUUCGUUCUAAUUUGUGUAGUACUCGGUUUCCCAUCAUGCUUUGUGCUAGAGAUUCGUGCUCGUGAACAUUCCCUAUUGGUCUGACCUUAUCACUCUGACCUUAUACAUCUUUAAACGACCUACCUCUAUUUAGCAACCCAUGUAGAACAAGUCUCAAAGGGGGUUUCUGUGCAAAUUUAUCUCAUUAAACGACCAACCUCUAUUUAGCAA